AUGGCAUCCACGAUUGUCCUUAUAGGGGACGAUGAAGGGGCCACCACUACUGCUGCUGCUGGUGCGGCUGCUGGUGCUGCUUUGGCAAAUCCCGGCACGGAAGCUCUGGAUUUAAGCGACGACGAAGAUCCGGCGAUGUGCAUGGCUCACAACUGCUCAGAUGGAUUCUGGAAGUGUGCUGGAGGCACCCUGUGCAUUCAUCAUUCUCAGAGGUGCAACGGCAAUAACGACUGCCCUCUAACCGGAGCAGCCGAUGAGGCAGGUCAGGGGAUGCAUGGUGCAACUGAAGGCUCAGAUGCUGUUUCGCAAGGGGUGGCUACAAGUGGCGGUUCACCUGUGGCUGCAGGACCUGCCAUACCGCCUUACACAGCCGAUGAGGACCCUUCCUUCUGCCGCUCAUUUGCCUGUGAUCCGUCAGCAUGGCCACACACCAAGCAGUGCCCUUCUACUGGUCUGUGCCUGCCAUUGGAACAGUGGUGCGAUGGGGUCAACGACUGUAUUGAUUAUGCCAACUUCAGUGGUAGAAGUGGCAGUGCUGCUAAUAACGGAGCUGCUUAUGCUGAUGACGAGGAUCCCGAGGACCUGGUGAAGAGCCAAUGCACAGCUUUGAAUGAAUGGGCGAAGAUUCAGAAAGACGCUGCUGCUGCUGCCGAAGCUGCUGCUGCAAAGAAAGCUGGAAAUUCGACUGCAGCAGCUGCCAACACUGGUACUGCGAGCGGUAACUCCACCUCAGAAAGUGGUUACCCUGUUACGCCAUCGAACAGCACAUCAGUCUCACGCCCAGGCUCAUCCCGCAGGAGAGGGAAAUGGUCGGAUAAGAGAGGAGACGCUGGGGGAGCUGAUAGUGGUAACAAGUCAGAGCAGGGAGGGGGGAAGGGAGCUGAGAAGGGAAGGGAGAAUGGGGGGGAGAAGGGAGGGGAGAAGGGAGGGGAGAAGGGAGGGGAGAAGGGUGGGGAGAAGACAGGGGGGAGUGCCAGUGGAGAGAAGCAAGGGGGGGAAGCGAGUGGGGUGAAGAGGGAAACAGAGAAAGAGAGGAAGGCAAGAGAGUGGGAGGAGCGAAAGCAGCUUGCAAAGGGCAAAACGAGGGAAAAGGAGGAGGCUGCAGAGAAAAGAAAGAGGGAGGAAGAGGAGAGAAAGGCAAGGGAAGCUGAGGAGAAGGCGAAAAGAGAGGAAGCUGAGAAGGCGAGGAGAGAGGCAGAGAAGGGUGGACCCCUUCCAGGGCCACACUGCACUCCGCUGCGGUCGUUGGGGGUCAUAGGGCGUCAUCCCUCGCCACCACCAACCUCAGUUUGA